AAACAUGAGCGAUUCGUUUGCCAGUAAAGAAGAGGCAGAAAAAGUGUUUGGCCGUUUGAAGCAGCACCCCACCAAUCAGGUGUGCUUUGACUGUGAGAACAGAAAUCCCACCUGGACCUCAAUCCCCUUUGGGGUGAUGUUAUGUUUGGAGUGCUCGGCUGUCCAUAGGAACUUAGGUGUCCAUAUAUCAUUUGUCAAGUCAUCAAAUUUGGACUCCUGGCAGAGAAUCCAGUUACGGAACUUCAAGUUUGGUGGCAACAAUGCCGCCAAGGACUUCUUCAUGAAGAACGGAGGAAGCCAGUACUUGAAUAAAUCGGUUGAAGCUUCUGCCAAGUACAACUCUAACGUGGCCAAAAAGUACAAAGACAAAUUGAAGCAAAGAGCGGCCGAAGAUGCCAUUAAGAAUCCAGACGUGGUGACUUUGGACGACUUGAACGAUGCGGAGGAGGUUAGCAACAGCAGUAACAGUAGUGAUUCCAACUCAAAUAACGACUUUUUUUCCAACUGGAGUAAACCCAUUACUACGACCCCAUCACCACUUGGGUCCAAGAAUAAUACUCCUUCUGCAUCCACCGAAGACUUGACGGCUCCAAGCACGACUCUGACUCCUGCUGCCAGAAAACCUAUAACUACCAGGACGUCCAGGAUAAACAGAACUGCAACUUCAGCGUCCACCUUGGGCAAUAAGAAGUCGUCAAUUUUAUCCAGCAAGGGAAACGCUCCCAGGAACUCUCGCUUGCAAAACAAGCGGAUCAACAAGACUGAGGUGGAGGACAUCGAUUUCGAUGAGCUUGAAAGAAAGGCUAAGGUGGAGGCUGAGGAGGCUAAGAAGUUGGGAUAUAAGCCAGAGGAAGAAGCAGAAGUACAGUACGAUUUUUCCACCAAGCCGGUGCAAAGUUCCAAAACUUCAGGUAGUGGGUCGGGUGGUUUGUCUUUAGGGGGAGCAGGUGCCACGGAGAAAGAAAGGUUGGCUCCCGCACCUAUUAAGGAAACCACCCAGCAGUUCCAAAAACUAGGAUUCGGUAUGGUUGUUGGUGAUAACACUAUCAAUUCCAACAAGAAACAGUAUAAGGAGGCCGCAUAUACUGGAGAAGUGUCCAAACGGUUUGGUGCUCAAAAGGCUCUUUCGUCGGAUGAAUAUUUUGGUAGAGGACCAAGAUUCGAUAAAGAUGCCCAGGUAGAGGCUCGGGAAAAGUUACAAAAGUUUGGUAACGCUCAGCUGAUUAGUUCGGCUUCAUACUUUGGCGAAGAUGAACAACAAGGUAACCCACAAAGAGGCAGAGCAACUUCCGGCUCCCUCAGGGAUUUGGAAAGUACCGCCAGAGAUUUUGCCAGUAAGUUUUCCGGUAAUGCCAAUCAGGAUUUGGAUGUUUUGAAGGAUGUUUUGGAAGAUGGUGCGAAUAAGGUUGGUAACUACUUGAGGGACUUCUUGAGAUGAGUGUUUUACUCUAUACGUAUAUAUCGGAAAAGUCAAUUUUAUGUAUUAACCCGAGAGGUGGCUAAUUUGUUUGUUUAAACUUUAAUACACCCUAAGAGAUAGUUUAGAGGCUCACAAAACAUC